UAAAAACGUUUGCUUUCGCGCUGCUAAAUUUGUUUUCCCUCGACGGUUGUGCAGCGAUGUGGUCUCUUUUCGUGCUUGGUUUUAGUCUGCAAGUGGCCACCUGUCAAAUUUCUACGUCGGCAGAUUCCAGCGGCCAAGUGCGAGUGGUUAACGGAACUGACGUCCCUGCAGGGAAAUAUCCGGCACAAGUGUCUCUGCGAUAUAGAAACUCGCACACGUGCGGGGGCAGCAUCAUCGGCCACAACCUUGUCCUCACAGCCGCUCACUGCGUCGACGAUCGGACGGCACAGUCGCUGAGUGUCCUGGCUGGCACCCUGGAUGUUUAUGACGAGGCGAAGGAGGGCAAAGUUCACCAGGUCACCGAGGUCAUCGUGCACGAAAACUACUCUUCCAUGUACAUCCGCCAUGAUAUUGCACUUUUGAAAAUUAGUCCAUCCUUUGAAUUCGGCGAUUUGAUUGACUCAAUUUCCUUGCCGGUUCCCUACCAACAAACCAUGGCGGCUGAGCCGGCCACCGUGGUUGGCUGGGGAUAUGAUAAGUCUGGAGGGUCGGUAAUGCGGCGGCUGCAGGAGGCCGAGCUGUUGGUGUACUCGGACGAGGAGUGUUUCGACAUUCACGGCUCCAACAUGGUCUACCCGAACAACAUUUGCGCCGGCGUGCCUGGCGGGGGAAGAGGACAGUGCAGCGGGGAUUCUGGCGGUCCGUUGGUCGUUGAUGGACAGCUGGUUGGCAUCGUGUCUUGGUCUCGAAAGCCGUGCGCCGUUCCUCCCUUUCCAGGCGUGUUCACUCAAGUCUCGCCUUACAUCAAGUGGAUUCAAUCCCAAAUAAAUAUAUAUAGCAAUAAAUAAAGUGGAAACGAAAAU